AUGCCGAAAUGGAUUGACGAAAGAUUUUGCAGUCUGAGAAUUCUCAUUUUGCGGUCAAACAAUUUCAGUGGUGAAAUUACUCCAUCCAUGUGCCAGUUAACUUCUCUACAAAUCUUGGAUCUCUCCCAUAACAGACUUUCAGGGAGAAUACCUACCUGCCUUAACAAUCUUACCUUAUUGACCACAAAAAUUUUGCAAGAAAUACAUUAUGUUGCAGUUAGACCAGCUUUUCAAGAAAGCGCAUCAAUUGCCGCAAAGGGAAGUGAACUCACCUAUGGCUCCACUCUCUCUUUGGUUACACGUGUCGACCUUUCAAACAACAUCCUUUCUGGUGCCAUCCCAAGUGAGGUAACAAGUCUGGUAGAACUCAGCACACUGAACCUGUCGAGAAAUAAUUUAACAGGAUCCAUCCCAGGCAACAUUGGAAACAUGAAGCAACUCGAAACUCUUGAUUUCUCAAUGAACUCGUUAUCCGGCAACAUUCCAGGUAGCAUCACAAGCAUGUCUUUCUUGAAUAGCUUGAAUUUGUCAUAUAAUCACUUGACUGGAAGGAUCCCAGAAAGCACCCAGAUUCGGGGCUUGAACGAGUCGAGCUUCAUUGGCAACCAUCUUUGUGGCCCUCCACUAGAAAUAUCUUGCAAAAACGACCGUAAUUCCCCUGGCCCAACGCACAUGGAGAAUCGAGGGCAAGAAGGCAACAAGGCCGAGUUUGAUUGGUUUUACGUAUUUCUAUCUUUAGGAUAUGCGGUUGGGCUUUUGGUUGUCCUCACUACAUUAUUUUUAAAGAAAAAAAUGGAGGGAAACAUAUUACGGGUUCUUUCGGAGAUUGUGGGACAGCAUUUAUGUGUAUUGUGUUAUCAAACGGAGAAGGCUCAUGCGAGUUUUGGGUCGGAAUUAGUGAUGGCUCUGCCAAGACAUUUUUCUUCCAUCUUUUUUCUACACUUUUCUCUAUUUUUCUUCUUCCUUUCUUUUUUUCUCCCGAAAGAACACAUCCCUACCUCCAAUCCCUACAAUGUCACCAUAUUCGGCGCCUCCGGCUUCAUUGAAAAGUACUUCAUCCAUGAAGCCCUCAAAUCCCCUGGUGCCCCUAACUCACCCCUCAAAUCCCUAGCCCUCCGGGCCGCAGCCCAUCGCGGCUAUUUGAUGCUCUCAAGUAGGAUUCUGGCCCGAACGCACCUCCGAAGAUCCCCCUCCUCACUGCCGACAUCUCUGAUUCCAAAGAUGACGUGUCCCUUGGUCUUCCAGUCCACUGAUGAGCCAACCCGCGUCGAAGUCCUCUAG